AUGGCAGAGUUCUCAUCAAUCAUCCAUACUUCCAUCCAUACUUCCAUCCAAUCAGUGGUGGCUCUUGUAACCUCCCACCCUCUUAUCCUCCUCUUUGUCCUUUGGUUCUUGAGGGCUGCAAUCAGACGAUAUUACUCUCCACUUCGAUCAUUCCCAGGCCCCUUUCUUGCUUCUAUCUCACGUACAUGGAAAUUCAUCUCCAUCGCUCGAGGCCACACACACCUGGAUUUCAUCGCACUGCACCAAAAAUACGGGCCUAUUGUCCGAACAGCUCCAGAUGAGCUGUCAUUUGCCUCGCCCCAAAUUGCACGAACCAUUCUCUCCGCCGGAAAAGGCUUUUACAAGACCAGUUUCUAUGCCGUCUUCCCACCGCCAGAGAACCCCGACAUCUUCACCGAGAUUCGCGAGGAUGUGCACGCUAUCAAGAAGCGCGUGGCCAAUGUGCCCUACUCCAUGGCGGCCAUGCGGCAGCUGAGCCCCUUUAUCGACGAUACUAUUGACUUGUUUGUCUCACAGCUCGCUGAGUUUUGCGUCGAUCUCGAAGUUGGCAAGUCGGUGCCUCUCGACGUUGGCGGGAGGGGCAAAGUUGACCUAGGAGCUUGGCUUCACUAUUUUGCUUUCGAUGUGCUUGGCGAGGUUGCCUUUUCCAGGUCUUUUGGCUUCUUGGCCGCGGGCCGCGAUGUCGAGGGUGCCAUUAAGACGAUUGAUGAUAUGCAGACGUAUAAUGGUCUGGUUGGCCAGAUUCCGAUACUCGAUUAUCUCUUGCGCAGGAACCCCAUGUGGAAGUAUGUGCUGGCAUUGAAUCCAGGCAAUUCUCUAAUUACGAGGAUUGCACUCGAUGAACUGUCGAAACGCAAGCCUUUUGACGAAAAUGCUGAGGGGCCCAGUAAGGAUGGUCGCCGUGACUUACUAGGCAGUCUCAUCAAGGGCCAUCUGAAGGAGGGCAGUGGUUUUGGCGAGGGCGAUGUGUUUGCCGUAGCGCACGGCGCCAUCUUCGCUGGCUCGGAUUCAACCGCGUCAACAAUGCAGUCCUUCUUCCACUACAUCCUCUCCGUCCCAGAAAUCCUGGGCCACCUACAGCAGGAACUCAAGUCCGCCAUGGCUGAUGGCAGCGUGCCAAAAGAAGGCAAUAUUGAAUACACACAAGCGUUGGACCUAUCAUAUUUCCAGGCAUGUCUGAAAGAAGCCAUGCGCCUUCGCCCUGCAGUCGGGCUCAACAUCACUAGACAUGUCCCAAAGGAUGGUAUCGAGCUAGACGGUGUUGUUUUGAAAGGUGACACGCGUGUUGCGGUCAACGGCUGGGUUUUGCAUCGACACAAGGAAACUUUUGGUCAGGAUGCUGAUGUAUUCCGACCGGAGCGAUGGUUGGAAGACGAGGAAAAGGCAAAGAAGAUGGAUAGGUUCAUGUUCCAGUUCGGAGGUGGCGCACAUGUUUGCAUUGGGCGCAACUUGGCCAUACUUGAGAUCAACAAGGUGAUACCAAGACUGUUGCGUGAUUUCAACUUUGAGCUGGUACACCCAAGCCAACCUCUCAAGGCACAUGCGUCCUUCUUUGUGGUUCAAGAGGGCCUGAAUGUUUUUAUCGAGAAGAAUAGCAGUGGUGUUUGA